AGCUGUGGAAGGGGAGGAGGUGCAGGCGGAGGGGGGCGGGGGCCGGUCUCGGAAGAUGGCGGAGGCGGGGGAUUUCUGGUAGGUCCUAUUUCAGGACGAGGUGUGGUACUGUUGAAACGCCACUCAAUCUACUUUGAUUCUACAGACAACUGGCUUUUCAGCUGGGAAACCUUAUUUUUUUUUCCUUUGGUGCCUGUUUACUGAACUUAUGAAACCAUGGCAGAAGGAGAGACAGAAUCAUCUGGGCCCAAAAGGCGUGGCCCCUAUAUCUCAUCCAUCACUAGCCGAAGUGUGAACUUGAUGAUUCGAGGAGUAGUGCUGUUUUUUAUUGGAGUAUUUCUUGCAUUAGUGUUAAAUUUACUUCAGAUUCAAAGAAAUGUGACACUCUUUCCACCUGAUGUGAUUGCAAGCAUCUUUUCUUCAGCAUGGUGGGUACCACCGUGCUGUGGCACAGCUGCAGCUGUGAUUGGGUUAUUAUACCCCUGCAUUGACAGGCAUCUAGGAGAGCCACAUAAAUUUAAAAGAGAGUGGUCCAGUGUAAUGCGGUGCGUAGCCGUCUUCGUUGGUAUAAAUCACGCCAGUGCUAAAGUGGAUUUUGACAACAACAUACAGUUGUCUCUCACACUGGCUGCAUUAUCCAUUGGACUGUGGUGGACUUUUGAUAGAUCUAGAAGUGGUUUUGGCCUUGGAGUAGGAAUUGCUUUCUUGGCAACAUUGAUCACUCAACUGCUAGUCUAUAAUGGUGUUUACCAAUAUACAUCUCCAGAUUUUCUCUAUGUGCGUUCUUGGUUACCAUGCAUAUUUUUUGCUGGAGGCAUAACAAUGGGAAACAUUGGUCGACAACUGGCAAUGUAUGAAUGUAAAGUUAUCGCAGAAAAAUCUCAUCAGGAAUGAAGAAGGCAAAAAUACAGAAAGCAAGAUGAAAAGGGUAUGCAAAUGAUAGCUAUACCAACAAACUAUGGACUGUAAAUGAUAGCUAUACCAACAAACUAUGGACUGUAAAAUUGCCAGAAUGCAUUUUUCCCUUGAUGGGUACACACACACACACACACACACACACACAUACACACACACACUAUUGCAAUCUGUGAUUGCUUUGUCUGUAAAUCAGUAGCAAAUCUUUAUGUAUUUGACUUAAAUAACUGUAAAAUAUAUAUGCACUACAUUAAAAAACAUUGAUUAAUAGAUAAAAUUUUUUAAUUGAUUUUUUUAAACAUGCCAUAUAUUAUAUCACAAUGUUGAUGUGCCAAAAUAUUCUUUUAUUGUCAUGCGGAAUAUAAGAAUGCUUUGAACAAUUUAUAAACUUAGUGAAGUAAGAGGAAAACCAAAAAAAUAGAAAAUAGAAAGCUGAUAUAUUGUCUUUUCCUUACUGUUGUGCCUUUUAUUUUUCUAAUCACAGCAGUAUGAAUUAUGGGUGCCCUAAUGUGUGCUUAGUUUCUAUUUUAAUAUUGUCUCAGAGUUUUGGAUGUUUUAAUAUAUGAUGAAAAUGAACUUCCUUAGAAUGUUUUCAAACCUGUUCAUCAGUGUAGAGAGUCCAAAGAAUAAUCUUCUCUUUGACAGAUUUUACUUCAAGUAAAAGUGAUGAGCACUUUUUUAUCAAUAUUAAAUUUUUUUUGAGGCUAAGUCUGGAAGAGUAUAUAUAAUUAAAAGUAAGGACCAUUGGGGAAUUUAAGUAGGAUAAUUAUAUGUUUUAGAAAUAUAAAAUAAUCAUCUGCAGUGCCACAGAGUGUUGUGAUAUUAACUGUCAUUGCAGUACAGUAGCCCACUGCUUUUUAAUGAAACACACAAGAAACCCAGAGAAAUCAAAAUGAAGUUUCUAUUUCUGUUGGGUCCUGUUCUUGGAUUCAAUAAAGAACCACUUUCACUGAACUGAGUCAUAUGACAACUGACUAGAAUGCCAUUUGGGGAAUGGGUGGGCACAUAAUUUCUUAAUAGUGAAUAGUUCCAACCUGUUUAAGAAUAGGUCAAAAUGGCACAUUAUGGAUAUUAAAAAUGUUGAUAAAACGUUUAUGCAUAUCUUUCCAACAACUAGAGCCAUUUAAAUAUGUUUUAAACAUAUACUUUUUAAAACUUUUUUCUUCAAUUUUAUUUUUGAAAUUGAUGGCAAUUGUCUGAUACACAAGGGUGAAAUCAUCUGUGUACUCUGCGUACUCUGGAGUGUCUAUGUAUGUGUGUGUAGUGUGUAUGUGUGUGUGUGUGUGUGUGUGUUGGAUUGAGUGAGAGAGCAUGAAUAUGUAUAUAUGUAUGCGCAUGUGUCCAUGCUCUCUUAAAAUGUCAAUUAGAUAUUUUUGGUUUUAAAGCCAUUGCUGUCAGACUGAGAUCUUGUAUGCCAAAAUUUAAUCUGCUUCUAUAUUUUAAGGCUGCAAGUGUGAAAAAUCCUAAGAGGAUUUCAUAUUGAAUAUAUGUAUACAAUCUUAACUAUAGUGGUAGUAAAUGUACUACUAUAAUUUAUUGUUCUAUCUUCCAGAUAAUGUUAUUCAUUUAGAGCAAAUAAAGUAUAUUUUUAGAAUCAACUUUGUAAGCACUAGAAAUCUUUAAUAAGUUAUAAGGCCCAUAUUAUGUGUUUACUUUGAAAAUUGCUGUUAAAAGCAAGAUGUAUUAAAUAUAUAAUUAUCAUCCUGGUUAAGAGUCUUUUUUUCUUUCCUGUGGUCAAACCUAGAAUGUAGUGCUGAGGAUUAAUGUAGUAAAAUUAAUGUGUGUUUGAAUUUACCAAGAAAUGAUGAAAGGAAACUUUUAGUAUCAUAGAAAUUGAAUGAUUGUUUUAGAGUUAUUAAAUAAUUUUCAGAUCAUCCAUAAAACAAGGAAAGAUACUGAUGGCCAGCAAUAAAAUUGUUUUGAUAUCUUGGAAAAUACAUAAAUAUA